UACAGGCAAAUGCAGAUCGAAGAUUGGUCGGACCACUCGAGCAUCAUCGCCGAGAAGGUACCGCCGGAACCACAGCCGCUACCGCCGCCGCCGCCGCCGCCGCAAGUGUUGCCGCCGCCGCAGCCACUACCUUCGGAAGGGAGGACCGAUAUUCAAGAAUUGGCCAUGGCCAUCACCAAGCUGUCACAGAGGGCAGAAGGUGACCUCACAAUGCAACUGGUCGACCUCCCAAGUUUCAACGGCGCAUGUGAAGAAUGGCUCGCGUUCAGAAGGUCGUAUGAAGAUACCGCGCGCUCCUUCACACCGGCACAGAAUUUGGCGCGACUACGAAGGUGUCUCCAGGGGCACGCGAGGGAGGCAGUCAAGAGCCUCCUGUUCACCGCCGAGGAUCCGGAAGAGCUGAUGAAGAGCCUGGAGGUCCGGUUCGGCAGACCUGGAGCCAUAGCCCUGGCGGAGUUAAAGAAGAUGGAAAGGCUGCCAAGGGUCAACGAGUCAUCGGGGGAGAUCUGCAUGUUUGCCAGCCGAGUCCGCAAUGCCGUGGCCACCAUCAGGGCACUCGGCAAGACGGAAUAUUUGUGCGCACCAGGGGCCGUGGAGUGUCUCAUCGACAAGAUGCCGCCGACAAUGAAGUCUCGGUGGCUGAUGUAUCAACGUGAGCGCCGGGCAGAAGGGAAACCAGCGCACGAACUCAUGUACGACUUCAUGGAAGUUGAAGCAGAUAUUAACAGUGAUUACGCUCCCCCGGAAGUGUCCUGGUACCAGAAGAGAAAUAUGUUCAAGAGGCCGGUUAACCAUGUCCAACAAACAGAAGGACGCCGUAAAGAACCAAAGACUGACGCGAAGAAGUGCCCAGAGUGCCGUGAAGAUCACUGGCUGUACGAGUGCAAGAGGUACAGGGAAUCCAGUGUAGACGGAAAAUGGGAAAUGGCAAAGAAGGCAAGAAUGUGUUUCAAAUGCCUGCGCUUCAAGCAUGCUAGAAACACAUGCCGGGCACAGCCGUGCAAGAAGUGCACGAGGUGGCAUCACACCAGUCUUCACUCGGAGAAGUCCGCAGCAACUAAGACUCAAGAGAAGCCCGCUGAAGGAGUUGUGUCGUCAGUGCACACCACGAGCUGCGGAAGGGCCUACUUGAAAAUGACGCCGGUAAACCUCUACGGGCCCAAGGGGACAGCAAGAGUGCUCGCGCUCCUGGACGAAGGGUCCACCGUCACGCUGCUGGACUCAUCAGUAGCGAAGAAGAUUGGGGCGCAAGGGAAGCCGGAAGCCAUCACCAUCGCGAUG